AUGGAAAUCCGGAACAAAAUAUUGCUCAAACAUGCUCCUAUCUUUAGCAGUAUUAAUGCGUUCGUGUCGGAUUGUGUCUGUUUUAAAGCCAAGGAUGUGAUUUUACAGCAUGACGAGAUUAAAAUCAAGCUGUUAAAUCUAAUGGAUAAAAUUCCUGGUGGCAAUUCUUUCAAUGACAUCCGAGAGAAACUUUUUGCGUGGAAAGUGCAACUUAAUCUGAUUUACAUCACAGCAUUAAAAAGUGAAGAUCCCGAGGAAAUGCUAGGUCCUUUAGUUAAGGAUGCUUUAAAAAGCAGAAAAAUGAGCAUAAUGGGGAUGAUGGAAACGAGGAAAGCACUAAAAUCAACACCACUAACAAUUAUUGUGGAAGAAUUAACGGAAUCUGAACAAACAAUUUGCCCGUCUGGUUUGCUUGUUGAUCAAAAUGAUCAAGACAUGGAGGAAUCAAAGGUCUCGAGCUAUGAAUCUCCUUCAAAUGCAUUCCAAAAUCCAAUUCUAAAGGAAAAGACUAAAAAGGAGAUUUCUUCUUUAUUAAUUGUGGAUCAAACAGCUACGACUGAAAAAAAAGUGAAGAAAUUAGCACCUAAUAGUCCAGUCAUACCAGACAUUGAAGAUGAAAAAAUAAAAGAAGAAGAAGGAUACGUGAUUGAUGACAUUGAUCAGGGAAGAUUGAGCAGUAAAGUUGACAGUAGAAGAACGAAGAAGAACGGCAUGGACGAAAAUGAUUAUGAUGACGAUGAAGACGAAGAUGGAUGCAUUUCAUGUAAAAUGUUUAACAUCAAUGAAAUUGACCUGGGAAAAAAAAUUAUUAUAGACAGUCACGUACCUCAUCAUGAGUGCAUGAAAGUUUCAGUGCCAAGUAGCUUGCUAGAGGCAGAAGGCUCUUACAUUUUUGGUCGAUCUGAACCAGCUCGGAUCAAUUUUUGUGGUUUUGAAUUGCCGUUUUCGCCACAACUAUUAGAGUUCCGUACAGUUACUGGUUUGAUUCGGAGAAGAAACAGUUUACUAGAGAAGUAUCGAAUUGCUGUUGAAAAGGGACAGACAGUGAAUGCUAUGACGAGAGAAGAGCUACUAAAUUUAUUCGUGUCAACACAAGAAGAAAUGAUAAAAAAAGUGAAGAAUCUUGCUGAUUGGCUCGACAUCAAAGCAGAGGAACAACCGAUUAACGAAUUGUUGAAAAAUUUGCCGAUAGAAAAUUCUUCACGCUCAAAGAAGAUGUACGCCAUCGAAGGAAAUGUGAAAAGUCUCACAAAAUUAGUCAUGGAUGAAACAGAUUUGCCGUGCGUCAUGAAAAUUGUAUGUUUGUUCUUACAGCAAUUGAUUCUUUAUGGCAAGGACUAUACAUACGGAAAGGUCGGUUUGUCUGAAUGUACUAUCCAUAGCAAUGUCAAGCCAGGAAGGAUAUCUAUAAUGUGUGACCGAUAUAAAGAUAACGACAAGCUUUAUCACAAAAUUGACAGAAAAACAAUUUUAUAUAUCGGCCGAUAUAGUGUCGUAAUGCUGAUUGAGCGUAUAGCAAUCCAUAUUGCUGCAUGUAUGGGAGUUUCUGGAAACGACACAAAUGAUUUAGGACAAAAACCGGCUGUAAAAGACUUCUUCAAUAGCACAGGAUUGUUAUACUUCACAACCUUCAAAAAUUUUAAUCCUUUUGACGCAUUUUUAUUCAGAUCUGUACCGUAUGUAAAGCCAGAUGCAUUCUCUUUAGUACUAUACUCGCUGGUAGUGUACCUGAAAGUAAAAACUUUAGCACCGUGCUACCUUUGUGCUAAAUUAUUCCCCGGACAGUUUUCUACUCAUUUAAAAUCUCAUUUUGUAAGUAAAAUUAUCAAUGGAUCGGAUGCUACUCCAUGUGGAUACGAAUGCUACCAAGAACUAGCGAUUUUGCUGGUGACUGCAAUCAAAAAGAAAUUUAAAAUAAUAAAUUUCAUGGAAUAUGUUGACAUCUUGGACAGAAUAUUAAAUGAAAUUUUCGCAAUUUCUAGUCUUUACAACUCCAUUGGUGUUGCUUCAAUUUCAACGAGUAUGACUAAUUUUCAGAAGUUAAAAGGAACAGCUCAUUAUUCAGAGUCAAAGAAGACAAUUACAAAAUUUGUGAAGUUAGAUGGUAAGACUAAAGAGAUUAAAAAGGUGAGCAACUUUCUACGUGGGUUUGUAGGAUCAACUUUAUUCAAAUCGUCUUUCGACUUUAUUGAGAAUGGUGUUGACGUAGAUCAUUUGACUCUGAAAUUAAUCAAGACGAAUAAGGAAGAAAAUGCAUAA